CCAGAGGUGGAGGUUGUGUGGAAAAGAGGCGGCUUCAGGGUCACAUCUUGGGGAGAGGGCUAGCCAGAAUGGCUGGCACUGUACUUGGAGUGGGUGCAGGAGUAUUCAUCUUAGCGCUGCUCUGGGUGUCGGUAUUGCUGCUGUGUGUGCUGUUAUCCAGAGCCUCCGGUCUAGCUAGGUUCUCGCUCAUUUUUGUUUUCCUUGCUGCUCUCAUCAUCACCACAGUUCUGUUGCUCUUUCCCCGGGCUACUGAGAUCCCAACCAAAAAGGAAGAAUUUAAGAUCGUGGACAAGUUCUUCAUUGGUCGUUAUGUUCUACUGGCUUUUCUCAGUAUUACCUUCCUUGGAAGUCUCUUCUUGGUCCUCUUUCAUUACAUCCUGGAGCCAGUCUAUGCCAAACCACUUCGGACAUCCUAA